AUUCACCUCAUUCAGUCAGUCCGGCAGAGAGUUGCGUCUCGAUAGGUCGCUUUUUCUUUGUGUAGCACUUUGUUCCGGCCAAAAAGUGCUCUUUUGUCCACUGUGGAGCUCCCAAAAAGGUGGCCCCCCAACUGCAAGUGCAUCCCACAAGUGUGUCCGCGUGUGAUGGGCAUUCUCAAAUGCUGAACAGUGUGAAUAAGCUGUAAGAAACAGUCCCGGGGAGUCCUUUGUGGGAUCUUUGGGUGGUUGAAUGACCAGUAAAUGCGAGGCAAAACCGGAUCCGGAGCCAGUCUGAGUGGGUCUCCUGAAAGUUCUUGAGCUGCGCCAGAGGUUCAUCAGCCUCCCGUGAGCGUCACGGAUCAAAAAUUAACGCAAAAUAUUCGUGGUGUCUUUUGAGGUUAUGACGACGCCACGAAGGGUGUGACGCCUGUCAGAGGGAGAAAAAAACGUCUGGAUUAUCACCUUCCGGAACACUUUUUGGGAAAUUUUGUCACCCAUUGUCACGAGAAAUAUUCCUGUGGAGAUAUUCCAUUGAAAAUAGUAGCCUCCCGGACGAGUGUACUAUGUGAUAAUUGAGGAUUUAUCACGGAGAUUGUGUUCUAAACGAAACUCAUUAUAGUUUCUGCAUCCUUUUUCAUUUUGGGCAGACUCUGGUGUGUGUGUUUGUAUAUGUGUGAUUUCAAUUGUGGUUAAUGCUCAGGAUGUUUUUCCUGAAAAGCUAGAAAGAAAGAGAGAGAGAUUAAGUGGAAAGUCUCAAUAUUUCAAUGAAAAGUGUGGACAAGUAUUCUGUAAAGUGGCUACGACUUUCCGGGUUAAAGUGGUCAAGAAAAAGUAUUUUAUUUCUCAGGAAUGUAGGAAAAUGUUUGUAGUUCAUUUUAUUUCCCGCAAGCACAUUAUGACAGAAAAUCUUUUGUUAUUUCCUAUAAGAAUCCCAUCGAUUUUUCAAGUUUUUCCAGUGUCUCGUGUUCAAUGAGUGCGGGGGUGGUCUGAGUUCUGGAGUGGGUGGAAAAUUGCCUAGAAAUUGACGUGUUAAUUUUUGUUCAGAAAAAAAAAACAAUAUAAUUCGUAUUUUUCGUACGAAGAAGCUCCAGAAAAAGUGUACAAAAGGUCGCAGGGGAAAGUGUGCAGUAAAAAUUAGUGGAAACGUGGCUUCAGUGCUUUGUGGACAACAUUCAAGGCAAAGAGCAUCACUUCCGGGACAAUCAGAGUGGCUUGGCGAUUGGGUAUCUUUUCUUCAACUGUCUGAGACGCCAAUGGAAGUGUUCUGAUGGCGGCCGUUGGUGGCCCCACAAGGCAGUCGCGGGUCUCCAUGAGUGUCUCGAUGUCGCUGGUCCAGGGAGGAGCGGCCGGAGCACCUCAGGGUGCCAUAUUGGCCGCCGCUGCUCCUUACUAUCAGCCUCCGGCUGUGCCGCAGGACGUUCAACCCGACCGACCGAUCGGAUAUGGAGCUUUUGGUGUUGUCUGGGCUGUCACAGAUCCACGAGAUGGUCGUCGAGUGGCUCUCAAGAAGCUACCGAAUGUCUUUCAAUCGCUGGUUUCAUCCAAACGUGUUUUUCGGGAGCUCAAAAUGCUGUGCUUCUUUAAGCAUGAAAAUGUUCUCUCAGCACUGGACAUUUUGCAACCACCUCAUUUGGAUUUUUUCCAAGAAAUUUAUGUGAUAACCGAACUUCUGCAGUCUGAUCUCCAUAAGAUCAUAGUGUCGCCUCAGCAUCUCUCUGCGGACCACAUAAAGGUGUUCCUUUACCAAAUUCUGCGUGGCCUCAAGUAUCUCCAUUCGGCACGCAUUCUCCAUCGUGACAUCAAGCCGGGUAAUUUACUGGUUAAUAGUAACUGUGUCCUUAAAAUCUGCGAUUUUGGUUUGGCACGCGUCGAGGAGCCAGAUCAGAGUAAGCACAUGACACAGGAAGUCGUCACGCAAUACUAUCGGGCACCGGAAAUUCUCAUGGGGGCACGUCACUACUCAGCUGCUGUGGACGUUUGGUCAGUUGGAUGCAUAUUUGGAGAAUUGCUUGGUCGUCGAAUUCUUUUUCAGGCUCAGAGUCCAGUUCAACAGCUGGAGUUGAUUACGGAACUUUUGGGGACUCCGUCGAUGGAGGACAUGCGACAUGCGUGCGAAGGAGCACGAUGUCAUAUGUUGAGGAGGGCGGCAAAACCACCCACUUUGUCAGCACUGUACAGACUCAGUACGCACGCGACUCACGAGGCUGUUCAUCUACUAUGUCAGAUGUUGGUCUUUGAUCCGGACAAGAGGAUAUCGGUGAUUGAUGCUCUGGCGCAUCCAUAUUUAGACGAAGGACGACUUCGGUAUCAUUCUUGUAUGUGCAAAUGCUGUUUCACGACUUCAGCUGGAAUGCGUCAGUAUAUUGUUGACUUUGAGCCAUCUGCCACACAACCCUUUGAUGAUCUCUGGGAAAGAAAACUUACUUCUGUGCAACAGGUUAAAGAGGAAAUGCACAAGUUCAUAGCGGAACAACUUCAGACCGGACGAGUUCCGCUCUGUAUAAAUCCUCAAAGUGCGGCGUUUAAGAGUUUCGCCAGUUCUACUGUGGCUCAUCCUUCAGAACUUCCACCGUCCCCACAUCAAUGGGAAUGACAUCAUAAUGAAGCGAUUGCUGCCUAAAAUUCUCCCGGUGUGACAAUCUCUUCCGGUUAUUGCAGGUGAAUCACUCAAAUGGAGCUGCUCAUGUAAAGAAGAGAGAGAAGGAGAGAUAGUUCCUCCAGAGAAUUAUUGCCAAUUGGACAUUUUUUCCCACGUGAGACUACAAUCUUUCUGUUCUUUCUCUUAUUAAUUUUAUACAUCGAUUUUUCUUUAAAGUCUUUUUAUUUACCUUUUUUUACAACUGACUUAUUUUGCAUGAAUAUAAUCUGUGAAGACUUUAAAGCCACAGGAAUAGAUCUUUUCAAUGAAAAUUUGCUGAAUUGCUGUGAGGUUUCAUCACAUAAUCCAAUGUUAAUGAUAAAGAUAUUUUUAAAGAAUUAUUUCUACAAUAAUUGAUAAUAUUGGCAGCUUGUCUUUAGUUUAUUUUUUUUUAUUCUGCCAAUUUACCGAAAAGCAAUGGAUUUAAGCGUUUCAGCACGAAAAAAAAGUUGUCUACAAAUUAUUGUGAUAUUGAUGAGAAGACAUACAGCAAUUCUCUCAUGGUUUAUGUGAAUGAUGAUAGGCAAUUCACGAAUUGGCAAAACGAAAAUAUUUUAAAACUAAUUAAUAAUGCAUUCUAUUGAGAAGAAAAAAAAAGAAAUAGAAAAAAAACAAGUAAAGUGUAAAUGUUAGAUGGAGAAAUCCUUUAUAUUGAGAGACCAAAAAAAAAUUAUGCUUCAAUCUGUAGUGAGGAUUUCAUAUUUAAAGAGACAAAAAAAAAGACCUUCAUUGAGGGAAUAUUAAAUUGGAAAAAAAUUAACUGGCAAUAUAGAUUUCCCCAUACAAUUAUUAUCGAUAUAAAUUACAUGGAAAAAAAAUAUUAUAUCUGUAUCUUGUAAUUUAUCAAUCACAGUACAUAACAAAAAAAGUAUAUUAAUGCUAGAGAUUGACAAUGAACAUAUACAGAAAAUAUUCAUAUGAUAAUACUUAUUUAUCGCAUGAUAUGAGAAAAUGAAACAUAGUUAUAGGAUUAUUCACCAAGAGAGAUAGAGAGAACAGUUUUUAAAUUUCCAUAUUAAAAAGACACUGCCUAAUCGUUAGACCUCAAAAAUAUCAACAAAAAAAAACCAAAUUGUCCAUUUAGCAGGAAAAAAAAUCUCAAUGGAGACGUCGAAAACGCAUUUACGGGAGACUUUUUUGCAUGCAAAUAAGUAAUUAUCGACUUAGGCUGAAUCACAUUGACAGUAAAAUACUCAUCAUAUUUCGUUAAUUUACGCAAUUUCACUGCAAUUUUUAUUCAAAAUCUCGAUUACCGUAUUACCUUAUCUCACACUCGGUGGCACUAGGUGAAAAUAAUAUAAGAAAAUUGAAGAAAUAAAACGAAAAUGCGAUAAACGGUGAGCAAAAAAAACUAACCGUACAGUUUUUUUGCUCACAGUUUAUCGCAUUUUCGUUUCAUUUCUCCAAUUUUCUUAUAUUAUUUUCACCUAGUGCCACCGAGUAUGAGAUAAGGUAAUACGGUAAUUGUGAAUUUGCAUAAGAAUUGCAAGGGAAAUGCGUAAUAUAACGAAAUAUGAUGAGGCCACGGCAAGCAUUUUAUUGUCAAUGUGAUUUUGCCCUUAAGAUUAUAAUUCGUGUGCACAACACACUCGUGCAAAAUAUCUAUAGGGGAAAGUAGUCUCCCUUCGAACGUUCAUGCCUUCGAGAAAUGUGAAUUUCUUUAAUUUUACCUAAGAGACUUACACAUAAUUAUCACGUAAUUAUAAAUAAUUGAUGAUAAGCAGUGGCGGAUAUACACAGAAAACAAUCAUUCGUAAAAUUGUUCGUAAAUGUUUGUGAAAUCCUAUGGAGGACUUACGAAAUGCUCGUGAAUCGUAUAACCCACAAACAAGUUCGUAUAACUUUGUACUUUUUUCACAAACAUUGUUUGUAAAAUGAUCAUUUGACGAACAUUUUUUGUACUUUUAUAAACACUUGUUUUUGAAUGAGCGUUUGAAUUUAUCUUAUUUCCCAAAGAAAUAAUUCUAUUUUAUUAAUCAAACUGAACUAUUCAAAGGUUGCCGCAUUGAAAGGCAGGUCACUUUUUCCUGUUCACAGAAAAAAAUAUUUUGUAAAAUUGUUCGUAAAUGUUUGUGAAAUCCUAUGGAGGACUUACGAAAUGCUCGUGAAUCGUAUAACCCACAAACAAGUUCGUAUAACUUUGUACUUUUUUCACAAACAUUGUUUGUAAAAUGAUCAUUUGACGAACAUUUUUUGUACUUUUAUAAACACUUGUUUUUGAAUGAGCGUUUGAAUUUAUCUUAUUUCCCAAAGAAAUAAUUCUAUUUUAUUAAUCAAACUGAACUAUUCAAAGGUUGCCGCAUUGAAAGGCAGGUCACUUUUUCCUGUUCACAGAAAAAAAUAUUUUGUAAAAUUGUUCGUAAAUGUUUGUGAAAUCCUAUGGAGGACUUACAAAUGCUCGUGAAUCGUAUAACCCACAAACAAGUUCGUAAAUUUUUUUUACGUUUUUCACAAACAUUUUUUGUACUUUUGCAAACAUUUGUUCGUAAAUGUUCGUAAACACACAAAAAAUGUUCGUAAAAUUUUGUCAUUUGUUCAUAUUUGUUCGUAAUUUUUUGCCAGACAAACAAAUAUUUACGAACAAAUACGAACAAAUGACAAAAUUUUACGAACAUUUUUGUUUGUUUACGAACAUUUACGAACAAAUGUUUGUAAAAGUACAAAAAAUGUCCGUAAAAUGAUCAUUUUACGAACAAUGUUUGUGAAAAAAGUACAAAAUUUUACGGCCUUGUUUAUGGGUUAUACGAUUCACGAGCAUUUCGUAAGUCCCCAACAGGAAUUCACAAACAUUUACGAACAAUUUUACAAAAUAUUUUUUUUUCUGUGUAGGGGGCAGCUAAAAGAGGAAAUGCUGACGGGGCCCUAUCUCGAUGGUGUCCCCUGAACAGCUCUUUUAAAAAUUUUGUACACUUUGUUUUAGCUCAUAAUACAUUUUAUUUUAUCCAUUCGGCUCAUUGAAUAUUCCAAUUUUUAAUGUUUGAAUUGAUUACACUAAACAUGGGCCUAUCGAGAGAGGGGCAGGGAGUGUCCAUUGUCCCUUCUACUAUUUUACUAUUUAUUUAUUUAAAUCAGAACCUAUAGGGUCCGCCCCUCUUACAUGGUUUGAUUAAGUUUAAACUAAAAAGAAAUAGACAGGAAGCAUAUCAAAGUAUUCGAAGAAGAAUAAAAAAGAUUAUGGAUUUAACCUGACUCAGUCUGGAAGAAUCUAGCGAUGCCUAUCAGUGAUUAUCUGGCAUGUAAGGGAAGGGAGUUGAACAAGACAACCCCGUCGACAAAAAUGGUUCGCGAUAGCUGGUUAGAGUGCGCCCUCGGCACCAGGAGUCCCCGCACCCUGGCCGAGGCCCCAGGAAUCAGAAGUGAGGUCAAGUAACGCGGUCCCCCAAAUAAAAUCAGACGAAACAGAAAAGAAACCGCUCUCUGACGGAGGAGUGAUGGGAGAUCACAACCCACCAAAAUGUUGCGGUGCCUAGAAAUGUGAUCGCGAGGACCGAGACCACAGACGUAUCUAACACAAUUGUUAAAGGUCACCGUCAAACGUCUCAAUGUUUCAGAGUCCGCAGCGAAAAAUAGUUCAGCGCCAUAAGUCAUCACUGGAAUGAGAAGAGAUUUAACGAGGAGAAGUCGAGUAUUGAACGGCGUGAGCUCACGAAAGCGUCGGAGUGUGCGGAGAGUACAAUAGAUCCUUUGGUUGAUGUGAGAAACAUGAUCAGACCAGGUGAACGAAGAGUUAAAAAUAAUACCCAGAUUGCGUGCUCGAUCAACAAGUGGGAUGGGUUGCCCAUAGAUAGUGAGAGGGGCAGAAGGUGUUGAUUCUACAACUAGCAUAUCUUAACACAUUCUCAUUCUCACACUAUGUAUUUUUAUUCUUUUGAAAUGUCUUUUGUUGGAUCGAAUUAGCUUUUUAAAAAGUCCAAAAUCAUUUAAUCAGGUUUAAAAAUCUAUGAAAAAAAAACAAAAAUUUAAAUUUUUCAAAAUGGGCUUUUAAGAGAAUUUUGGGGACAUUUUGAAACGAUUUUUCUCAAAGGAAGCUACAAUGAAAAAUGAGUAUGAAAGGAGAGGAAAAUGAGAACGUUUUUGCACCCCUUAGUCCAAAUCCGUCAAAAUCGGAGUAAAAAUAGCGGCAGAUUUCGUUUUCCUAAAUAUCCUUAUAAACGAUUUUAUUGAUUUUUAAACAAGCUCGAAUUCGUAAAAUAUAGACUUAUUUUUUGCAAAUUUUCAAGAAAGCUCUAUUGCGUUCGAAAAAAGCCUCUUUUCGAAGGAGGUAAUCCUCUUAUUUGGCCACUACUCUUUCUAAAAUCUUAGCUACACCUUCGAACCUAAAAUAGAGCCUUUUAUUAAUCCUGAAUAAUGGGAAUCUCAACCUAUGUAUUGUUGUAUACAGGGGGUGACAUUAGCUCUGAAAAAUGCGAUCAGUUUUAGUGUAAUUUUUUUCCUGUUUUCGUACACAUUUCACGAGAUAUCUCCAAAACUACGUAGGUUGCCAAUUUGGGGUUUUCGGUUGCGUCUUCGUUAUUAAAUUAGCUUUUAUUUUGUAUUAGUAUUUUUUGCUAAUUCAUUCUACAAUGACAGAAAACAGCUAAUAAACUCAAAAGUUUUUUUCGGCACGCUAGAAACAUAUGGGAAACAUGGGAAACGUCAUGCCCUUGGUUGUAUAUACAAUUUUGUAUUCACAAUUUUGUUUCUGGUAUCCCAGGAUCCCCUUAACCAUUUACUGACUGGACUUUCUACCCUGUAUCCGCCAUUGAUGAUAAACUAAUAUUUAAUAGAAAUGUCUAAGUCUCCUAAGAAAAAUAAAAGAAAAUUCACAUUAUUCGAAGGCAUGAACAUGAACGUUCGAAGGGAGAGUACUUUCCCCUAAUGGUUUUUUUUUUUCAAACUUUAAUCUAGUCCCAUUUGUGUAUGUUCAAUUUUUUUUUUAAUUUCAGAUCUUUUUUGAAUAUUUUGUUAUAUUUUAUUUUUUUCUGAAAAUUUUAUCUCGCAUGGACAUAAAAUUCUAAAUUUAUUCUACUUACAAAUUCAUAUUUUCGACUCAUUACAUCGGAGCAUUUCCUGCACAAUGGACAAUGUUUUCUUUGAUAUUGAACAUUUGUAAUGGAGAACAAAAGAAUAAUUAAAGAAAAAAAAGAAUAUUAUGAAAAUGAAGAGUUAGUAAUAUUAGUGCAUAAUAUUUAUCUUAUAUCUUGUACCUAAUAAUAGCGUGUCUUAAUUAGUUUAGAGAGAGAGAGAGAGAGAACAAAUUGUUGGGUAUAAAAAAAAUAAUGUUUUGGAAGAUAAAACUAAAUGGAAAAAUUUAUAUUAUACUUUCCAGAAAGUUUGUCAUCCAAUGUUGCUCAUUUUAUCUGAUUGAAUUCCUUCCCUAUGACACAGAAAAUCCUUAAAGCUGGAUUUUUCAUUAAAAGAAAAUUCAAUGUUAGGAAAAACUGUCAGGGAAGAGAUUUUCACUAAAAUGAGCAAAGAGAAAAAAACAUUCUUUUUCCCAUGGUAAAUGUUACUCUGUGUUAUUGUGAAAUUUGGAGAAUCCACUCAGGCGGGUCCUGCACGACUUUUUUGCGUAAAGAUAUAAGAAUAUUAAGAAAAAAAGAAGUAAUGUUCUCCUUAAAAGAAACCUCCAGAAUAUGAAGAAAAUUUAAAGAAAAAAAAUGACUGAUAAAUUGUUAAAUUAUUUGGUGAGGGAGUUUAAUUUGAGUUUCAGAUUAAGAUACAAAAGUCAAAAGAAAAAAGGAAAUUCACGAUGAGAGACAAUGAUUUGAUAAAUCAAGGGACAAUGGAUGACAAAACAGAUGAAUAUGGGUGAAUACAAUAAAAAAAAACGAAAAAGAACUGAUAAGUUUAGA